GCGGGGCUGCCGGGGCUCCUCGGGGCAGCCUCUCCCAGCCCCGCUGCCCUCGGUGCCGCAGAUGACCCUGAACACGCAGCGCGGGAGCAAGAGCCCGCUGCGGAGGAGGGCCAGCACCCCUCUCCCGCGGCCGGGGGUACCGGGUGCCACGCCACGGGGCGAGCUCUGCCACCCCCAGCUCGGUCACUCCGCAUCCGAACCGGGCGGCAGGGCCGCGGCACCCCGGGACAGCUGGUCCUCCGACUCCUCGGAGUCCUCUGGCUCCUGGGAGCCCCAGUAUCGUGUGGUGCUGCUGGGCGACCCUGGCGUGGGUAAGACCAGCCUGGUCAACCUCUUUGCCGGAGUCCAGGAUGCCGUGCCAACCGGGCUCUCCCGGCGUCUUGCAGAGGCCGCGUACAAGCGCACGCUGUCCGUGGAUGGCGAGGAGACGACGUUGCUGGUGAUGGACACCUGGGAGCCGGAGCAGCGGGGUGAGGAGAGCUGGCGCCGCAGCCAGUGCCUGCAGGUGGGGAACGCCUACGUCAUCGUCUACUCCAUCACCGACCGGGGCAGCUUUGAGAGCGCCUCGGAGCUGCGCAUCCAGCUGCGCCGCGCGCGGCAGGCCGAGGACAUCCCCAUCAUCCUGGUGGGGAACAAAACCGACCUGGUGCGGUGCCGCGAGGUCUCCGUCGAAGAGGGCCGUGCCUGCGCCGUGGUGUUCGACUGCAAGUUCAUCGAGACGUCGGCGGCUCUGCAGCACAACGUCGCCGAGCUCUUCGAGGGGGUGGUACGGCAGAUCCGCCUGCGCCGCGGGGGCAAGGAGGCCCGCGCCCGCCCCGCGCCCAGCCAGAAGCGCAAGGAGAGCCUCACCAAGAGAGCCCGGCGCUUCCUCGACAGGCUGGUGGCCAGGAACAGCAGCAAAGUGGCCCUCAAAGUCCGCUCCAAGUCCUGCCACGACCUGUCUGUGCUCUGAGAGCCGCCGCCUUCCCGUCCCUCCGCACACACAAGCUGGGACUCUCCUCUCUGCCAGCAGCGUGGCCGGCGGCUCCACGGAGAGCCCAGACAGGGCCGGAGCGAUGCUGAGGACGUGGAGCUGUUUUAACCGGUGCUGAGGGAUGCCCGGGGUGCUCUGGAUCCGGCCGCUUCCCCUCCAGGAGGGGGGACAAGUGGGGCUGGGUCCCCUGGGCUGCACCCGUGGAGCAGAGGGUGAGACGGACACCUGCACUUGGGGUGGUGGGAUCCUGGCUUACAGGCGCUCCUGGGGAGCCGGAGGUGAGGGGUGGCCGUGCCCCGGUGCAGGGCUGCCCGCAGGGCUGGAGGCUGCCGGGAGCGUGGCAGGUACCGCUCGUGGUGCCCGUCCGUCGCAGGGCAGCAGGGACCGGCGAGGGCACCAUAGUGGCGUCCGUCCUGGAGCCUAGCUGGGGAGAGGGGCUGGAGGAACACCGGCAGCACCGCCUGGCACCCCCGGCCCCUCCGCGCCAGGGCUUCGUGCCACGUCUCCCCGGCACCAGUGUUUCUUGGACUGAGGUUUUUCUGCUGUCUCUGUACUGGUGCAAUGGGGGAAACCCUUGAUCUUGCAGAAUAAACAGCAU